UGCCUUCGCCAAAUGAACAGAGCUCAGAGAGCUUCUAGCUAGCGUGAGUUUGGACCCAGACGUUCUCCUAUAUUGGCGUCCUAGCAUUCCUCCUUUCUCUCAGUUUGGACCUUUCUAGCGUUGAGUCCUCACAUCCAGGAUGAUACGUCCGUGGGCUGCAGCCCAGAGGACCCUUGGGGACUUUGCUCAUCUGACGGUGGAGGUCUUUACCGGUGAUAGGAGGCACGGCGCUGGCCCGACGGCCGUCCUCCUGCUGGCCUGCAGCCUCUUCAGCCUCCUGCUCAGCGCCCUGCUCCUCCUCUACCUGCUCUUCACGCUGGGCUACGACUCGGCCGUGGCCGGAGGCGUCGCCGGCUGCUUCGGGACUCUUCUGAUCGUGGCUCUGUUCCUCUCAAAGCGGGUGAGGUGCUUGGGGACGCUGUUCGUGAUCUCCGUCUUCAUAAAGAAGAGCCGCAGCCUGCUGCUCGCCGCUGGGACCAGCUUGGUGAUCCUUAAGAACAUCCGCAACGCUCUGGAGAACCUCGCGGCCCUGGCCGGGAGCAUGGUGUGCAACCUGAAGGCAAAGAAAGCCUCCAUCGCUGCGCCUUUUAGGAACUACGUCGAGAUGCUGAGGUGGAUCGGAGACAUGCUGAAGACAGACCUGGUCCUAGGGAAACUUGACUCCCGGCUCAGAGUCUCACCCAGACUGGAGUCGGAGAGGUUCAGGGAGAAGCUGGCGGAGGCGGAGCAGAAGCUGAACGACACCGUCAAAUACGUGCAGUCCCUGACCGCCACCGUCUCCUCGGUAACCAGCCGGCUGUUCCCUGCCGUCAGCCUCCUGGUGCUCCUGGUGCUCAUAGUCCUGCACAUGAAGAGAUACCGCAACGACGUGAAGUACAAGAACAGGUGCGUCACCACGCGGCUGCUGCGUUUGGACGAGAGGCAGAGGGUUGAAGGAAGGCCCUCCGUGUUCCCGCUCACGGCCGAGGAGGAGAGGCUGUACAGCGCCCGUGCCACGGCCACAGACGCCCGGGCCGUACUGAGGUUCAUGCGCCCGGUCGCCUCCUAUCUCGUGCACUGGGCGGUGAUCAUCAUGGUGGACGCCCUGAUGUACUACUUUGUGAACGUCGUAACCGUGAAGCUGUCAGAGCUGGAGCCGUUCCACGUCCCGCUGCUCACGGGCAUCACGGAGAUUUUCACUCUCGCCGGAGUCCCGUUGGCUGGCGAGCGGCGCGAGAAGGACUUCUCCUACUCCGUGACCUUGUUCGAGAAGCAGUGCCUCCCUGAAGCCAAGCUCCUGCUGCACAGCUCCAUCUGCCCGCUGGCCGCCAUCCUCCUCGCCCUGCUCCUCAUGGCCGUCGCCGCCGGCAGGAUGUCGCAGCUCAGGCUGCGGGUGUGCGAGCGCUUCUUCCCCGGCGCGGCGGAAAAGAGGGCGGAGCACCUGCACGAAGAAAUCCUGCAGAGGAGGUCAGACAGGCGGAGGCAGAGACGGCCCUGCAGCGUGAAGGCCCUCCUCAGGAAGCCUGAGUUUUGGUGUCCGCUGCUCUUUCAACCUAAGGAAAGUCCAGUAUCCAACAUUUCCUGUACCGUUUGAAGAGUUCACAUCUCACUAGAGACAUUAGAAGGGUUCAGAAAUUAACAUGUCAUUUUGUUUUUUAUAUUUAUUUAUUUAUUAAGUUUUUAUUUUAAUGUUGUCUAAUGUUUUUGUAAGAUAAUAUUUAUUAAUAAUAAAUGUGCUGCUAAAAUAUUAUGUCUCACUCCUGCUCUGGCCUCACUUUGUACGCUGUGGUUCAUUAAAGUAAAUCACAUCGUGUGACAUAACAGGUCAGUGUGACAAUAGUUACUUAACUGUGGCUGAGCACUCAGCAAGUUUCCUUUUACUGCUUGGGAAUCUCACAUAUUACAUCACCUUAAUCACGUAACAAGGCAGUAACAAGGCAGAUGACAUAUUGCGUGAUGAGCCUGAGCACAACCCACAUGAAAACAGGAAAUUAUAAAUUUAUUUCUAAAGGAAUCAAAAGCAUCAUUUCAUCUAGUUCUUUCUUAGUGUAUUAUUCAUUUCCAGCCAAGUCAAAGUAAAAUGAUGACUUUGCAAAUGAUGACCGGCAGCUCGUGGACAAAGAUUCAGUUAUGUUUGUGUUUUGUUGCUGCUGAGUGUCAGCGUGUAGCUACACAUGUGGGAAGAUGAUCAGAGCAUGACAGACGUGUGCACGGCUGGUUACAUUAAAGUGAGCCGCUCCAGUAACAUGAGUGAAGCCCGGGACAUUUAUUCCACGUACAAACAUCACUGUGUUGUUUGUUUGUUUGUUUGUUUGUUUGUUUGUUUGUUUGUUUGUUUGUUUGUUUGCUUGUUUGUUUGUUUGUUUGUUUGUUUGUUUGUUUGUUUGUUUGUUUGCUUGUUUGCUUGUUUGUUUGUUUGUUUGUUUGUUUGUUUUAAAUCCCAUGGAUCCCUGUAUUUAAUAAAUGUCUAUCUAUCCACAUA